CAAUCCAUGGCAUGGCCCAAUAACAGAAUCUUUCUUCGACAAAAAAACGCCGUUUCUCUUCAAAUUCGAAAUCAGCUAGCUACCUCUCGCCAUGGCGACUUCACCUGCAGCAUCUGAUGAUAUGACGUCUUCAGAUGACGCCCCACUUGAUUUCAGUAUGAAGAAACGUCGUUGCGAAACACCUCCUCUGUCGUCUUCGGACAGCAAUAGUGAAACAGCGUCACCUGCGACGCCAAUAUUGAAUGGCAUUGAUCCAACCCUCUUGGCUUCUAGCAUUUUGGCUAGUACCAAUGCUGCUACUUCUAGGCCUUUUAAAAGUUAUCCCCUCUCCCUGGGCUUGUAUGCAAUACCGGGUCUGCUAACACAAGCCACAGAAGAUAUGUAUGCUAAAUUUAGAGACGCUGCGACCAAAAGUGACGAUUCAACAUCACCAUCAUCAGAGGACCAACAGCCAAGUCACAACAAAGCGUCCAGUCGCCGCCGCGCCGCCAAAUCAUUGCCGGACACUAUGAAAGAUCAGGCCUAUUGGGAAAGACGCCGGAAAAACAAUGAGGCCGCAAAACGCUCAAGGGACGCUCGACGAGCGAAAGAAGAUGAAAUCGCUAUACGAGCGGCUUUCCUUGAACAAGAGAACCUCAAGUUACGCGUCGAAGUUGCGGCGUUAAAGAAUGAAACGACCAAAUUACGUCACAUGCUCUAUAACAGUUGAUAAUCGAUCGUUAUUGACUGCGAAUUGAUUUUUUUUAGCUGUUGUUUAUUUUUCAGCUUACGUAACGGUUUUCUUUUGUAUUUUUGUUUUUUUUUUGUUUUGGUCGGUGUUCUCAAUCUCAGGGCUGCAAGACAUUUUGUUCGACCUCAUCUUCAACAGUACACCGCUACACCUCUCUUAAAAACAACAAGUGUGCUUUGUUUGUUUUUUUUUCUGUUACAUAACACUAUGUGCUUUAUUAAUC